CAAGUAGUCAGUUGUUAACGAAACAGCACGGCCCUAGGCUUUGUCGAACGCGCAGUUUAUAAAAGGUUCACUCGCGCUUACUCUGUGGUACUUAUUAUUUAACCGGGAGUUUUAGCGGUAACUAAGUGGAAAAUUAUACAGAAAAACUAAAUGUAAACUAAGUGUAUUGCGCAUUUAUAAUGUGGCUGAUAUUAUCAAUUGGUUUCAAAAAUUUCGUUACUGUUAUUCAAAAUUAAGUUGCGGGUGUACCUAAUUAGUUAUUCACUUUAAGGAUGUGGUUCAAGCAUAAUCCCAAGCGACUUGUUGGUCGCGUGUUCCCGAUAGCGGUAUGGGCGAGGACGUACGACAUGCGGACCGGUAUCGGCGAUCUGAUAGCAGGGAUCACUGUGGCACUCACCUUAAUACCGCAGUCGAUAGCAUACGCCGCACUCGCUGGAUUUGAGCCACAGUAUGGACUGUACGCUUCGCUCACCGGAGGCUUCGUGUACGGCGUGAUGGGCACAGUUCCUCAGAUCAACAUUGGACCCACCGCGUUGCUCUCUCUACUUACAUUUACCUAUACUAAUGGGACAAACCCUGACUUUGCUAUACUUCUGUGCUUCAUCGGUGGAGUUGUACAACUCAUAGCUGGUGUAGCACAAUUAGGGUUUCUGGUGGAAUAUGUUUCUACGCCAGUGGUGUCCGGUUUCACAUCAGCGGCAGCUUUAACAAUCGCGUCGUCACAAAUGAAAUCACUUCUGGGCUUACAGUAUGAAGCGGAGAGUUUCAUGACAAGCUGGAGUGGCCUCGUACACAACAUUGGAGACACUAAGUUACACGACGCCUUGCUUGGACUUGUCUGUUGUAUUGUUCUGAUGGGAAUGAAGGUCAUUAAAGAAAUUCGAAUAAAAAAGUCAAAUGAAGAAAAAGCGAGUAGCUGCGAAGUGAUCUUACAGCGCAGCGUGUGGUUCGCUGGUGUGUCCCGGAACGCGUUCGUUGUGGUCCUAGCGUCUGUGGUUGCCUUUAUACUGCAACAAGACGAACGAAAUCCAUUUAUUCUGACGGGUCACAUAACACCUGGGUUGCCUCGACCCGAAGUCCCACCUUUUCACUCCACCGUCGGCAAUGCGACCAUAAAUGUCGGUGGAAUGUUCUCGAAGCUUGGCUCUGGGCUUCUCAUCGUGCCGCUAGUGGGGGUCAUCUCUAAUGUUGCAAUCGCUAAAGCGUUUUCGCAAGGGAAGACCUUGGACGCCACUCAAGAGAUUAUAUCUCUGGGUAUAUGUAACAUAGUGGGAUCGUUCUUCCGAUCGUUUCCAGUCAACGGUUCGUUCACACGCAGUGCUGUUAGCGAUGCUUCCGGAGUGAGAACCCCGGCAGCUGGGUUUUAUACAAGUUUAAUAGUAUUAUUUACGCUUUGGCUGUUAACUCCGUAUUUUUACUUCAUACCAAGAGCUGCUUUAGCUGCGGUGAUAGUUUGUGCCGUGCUGCAUAUGGUGGAUAUAGAUAUUGUAAGCAAGCUAUGGAAAACGAGCAGACUGGAUCUCAUUCCACUUGUGGGCACAUUUGUAUGUGGGUUGUUGCUGGGAGUUGAGGUGGGACUGGGGUGUGGUAUGGCUAUUGAUGCACUUUUAAUAUUAUAUUACCAGUCACGCCCAAAAAUAGACAUCAGAUUUAUUAAUGGUGUUCCAAGUUAUUACACAAUUCGACCCCAAGGUGGUCUUUACUUUGCAAGUGCAGAGGCCGUUCGUAGCAAAUUGGCGUCUCUUGCAUUUAAGCAUCCAAAACAGAUAUCACUGCAGUCAGUACUUGCACAGCAUGCAAUAAACUCACUCAGUUCACGCAACAUAGAUGCAUCUUUUACACCUAAUGUCAUUACACAAAUUACACCAGAAAUAGAUACACAAAAUGAAACAAAUAUAGUCAAUUUACAAAAUGCUGUGAGUUUACGAACUGAGAGAGAAUUAUUUGAAGCUGUAUCAGCUAAGAUAUUAGUGAUAUACUGUGAUGCUCUCAGUAGACUAGAUUAUACGUUUUUACAAAGUUCCAAACAGGUAGUAAAUGAGUGGUCACAAGACGGAAUUAUAAUCUGGUGCGAUGUGAAGCCAAUGAUAAGGAAACAGUUGGCUACUGUUCUGCAAGAACCAAUAUUUUGUGAUAGCAGCCAGUUACCAAGUAUACUGAUAGGUCUCACAACCAUCACACACACAAGUAAUAUUGGUGAUACUCAUUUAUGACGACAACUGAUUCCUGAAGAAGUCAACAAAAUGUGUGAAAGUGUUACUAGUGUCAAAUACAAUUAGAAGAUACGCUUAUAGUCGCCAUUUUUACAAAUGAGAGAAUUAUGACAAGUCUUACCACCGUUUGAUAAUCUCAUCGAUAGAAGGAUAAUACCAUAAUGUUCAAGUUUUCACUUCUUCUCCCGACCGCGACCCGUAUUUUUUUUAUUAAAUUAUAUUUAUUAUAUAUAAACUUAGUUUACCAGAAUUUACUAUUAUAUUUAAGUUAUAAAAUUGUUUUCUCUAAAAGUGAAUAUGUAAAUUCUUAUGAGAAAUAAAUUCUCUAACCGUAAAU